AUGACCUCUGAGACUCUCGUCCCCGAUAACUCCGCCAUCUCAUCCCCUCCCGCCAAACGUGCCAAGACCGCUGCUACAAUGGAAGCUCCCCCGCCCCUGCAGAUCAAGAAGCUCUCUGAGAAGGGUCGCCUGCCCACUCGCGGCAGUGAUUUUGCCGCUGGCUAUGAUAUCUACGCUGCGCGCGACACGACGAUUCCUGCUCGCGGCAAGGCUCUAGUCGAUACCGAUAUUAGCAUGGCUGUGCCCGCUGGAACCUAUGGCCGAAUUGCUCCUCGAUCAGGCCUCGCUUCCAAGCACUUUAUCGAUACUGGUGCAGGUGUCAUUGACGCCGAUUACCGCGGUCAGGUCAAGGUCCUGCUUUUCAACCACAACGAGUCCGACUUCGAGGUCAAGGAGGGCGACCGCAUCGCUCAGCUAGUCUUGGAGCGUAUCUACACCCCUGAAGUGGUCGAGGUUCAAGAACUCGAGGAGAGUGUGCGUGGUGCCGGUGGCUUCGGCAGCACUGGUUAG